UCCGCGCUCCGCCGCUAUAAGGGAGCGGCCGGGGGGGACGGUCGGGAGCGCGGCGGCCCGGAGCCCCACCAUGGCCAGCAGCGACCCUGGCGCGGCGAGCCCCGAGGCCGAGGAGCAGCAGAGCAUUGGGACCCGGGUGGCCAACUUGCCCCUGGUGAGCUCUGCCUACGAUAUGGUGUCCACGGCCUACGCCUCCACUAAGGAGAGCCACCCCUACGUGAAGUCCGUGUGCGACGCCGCCGAGAAGGGCGUGAAGACCCUGACGGCGGCGGCCGUCAGCGGGGCGCAGCCCAUCCUCACCAAGCUGGAGCCGCAGAUUUCCACGGCCAACGAAUAUGCCUGCAAGGGGCUGGAUAAACUGGAGGAGAAGCUGCCCAUCCUGCAGCAGCCUACGGAAAAGCUCAUCUCAGACACCAAGCAGAUGGUGACAUCCACCGUGACAGGGGCCAAGGAUGUUCUCACCAGCACUAUGGCUGGGGCCAAGGAUGUGGUGACCAGCCGGGUGACGGGUGUGAUGGAUAUGACCAAAGGGGCUGUGCAGGGCAGCAUGGAGCUGACCAAGUCUGCAGUGACCAGUGGUGUCAACACGGUCAUGGGCUCAACUGUGGGCCAGAUGGUGGUGAGCGGGAUGGGCUCCAUGCUGGAGAAGUCAGAGGAGCUGGUGGAUCACUACCUGCCCAUGACUGAUGAGGAGCUGGCAAAGCUGGCUACAGCAGUGGAGGGCUUCGAGAUGGACCAGCAGAAGCAGCAGCAGAGCUACUUCGUGCGCCUGGGCUCACUCUCCUCCAAGCUGCGGCACCGUGCCCUCCAGCACUCACUGGGCAAACUGAGGAGCGCUCGCCAGAGCAGCCAGGACGUGCUGGCCCAGCUCCAGCGCACCCUGGACCUGGUGGAGCACCUCAAGCAGGGCAUGGACCAGAAGCUGCAGGGAGGCCAGGAGAAGCUGCAGCAGAUGUGGCUGGAGUGGAGCAAGAAGCAGCCGGGAGGUGGCAAGGACCUGGUGCAACCAGAGGCGGUGGAGUCGGGCACCCUGGCCAUGCUGCACGGCCUGACGCAGCAGCUCCAGAGCACGUGCCAACCUCUGGUGUCCAGCCUGCAGGGCCUCCCAGCCGGCAUCCAGGACAAGGCAAGCCAGGUCCGGCAAAACGUCGAGGAGCUCCGGGCUGCCCUUGCCAACGUCUCCUCCUUCCAGGAUGUGACGGGCAGUGUGCUGGCCCAGGCCCGGAGCCGCACGGCCAGGGCCCGCGAGCUCAUGGAUGAGCUGGUGGAGCACGUAGCCCACAACACUCCUCUGUCCUGGCUCGUGGGACCCUUCGCCCCCUCAGGCCAGUGCCUGGUGGAGAUGGAGAUGUCCAAGUAGCGGCUGCUGCCUCUGGGCCAGGAUUAUAUCUACCCUGACCCAGGCCUAGAUGAGAGCACCUCAACUAACACUCCAGCCUAGCCCAGAUAACCACCUUAGCUCUGUAAUCCUCAUGUCUGCCUGCCCUGGGGGUGCCUGUACUGGCUGCAGGAGCCUCCCCAAGUCAGGAGGACUCUCUGGUCUGUCCCAAGUGCUGCUUGGUCCUCCGUACCCUGUCCCAGCUUGCAGCAGGGACGUGCUAGCAAAGUGCCUUGGUGUCUUCAAGUGCCUACAGGGUCCUGGGGUGGCUCUUUCCCUAGUGCCCCUCCAUUACCCCUGAGCUGCCCCUGUCAGGUCCAGCAUCCAUCUCGCCCUUGGUGCCUUCAAGCCCUCAGUGUGCCCCCUGCACGGGGUGAGUGGGUGGGUUUGGCCCUGGGUGCCCAGAGCAGUUGCAGGACCCAGUGCUCCCUGCUGGGGCUGUGGUCUGAGUUCAGCCUUGGGCCCCCCCCCCCCGGGCCUGCGCGCGAAGCAAUAAAGCCUGGUUGGUUUUUGCACUGGA